UAGGGCAUAGUAAAUUAUAUUUCAAUUAGGGACAUGAUUUGUAAAAUAUUACGUAUUUUAUAUUUACUACACCGUCGUUUUGAUGUAAUUAGUGAAUAAAAUUUUAGGAACAUGUCAUUGCUUUGUUUUAAGAGCAGGAAGUUUACGCUAAAAAGUGCGACUGCGCACUGGCCAAAUUAGUAGUGUGAAAGAAAAUGGCGAUCAGCGAAAGGCGUCCGGAGUUAACGUGAUGAAAAACAUUGUAAAAGCUCAAUUACAUAGUGUUAUAGUUAAUAAUUGUGUCAGAUGUAGAUUAUUUAAGUGUUAAUGAAUAGUGAUUGUGUAUAAAAAAUGGCUGCGAAUAUGUACAGAGUCGGCGACUGCGUCUAUUUCGAGACGUCGUCGACGUCUCCGUACCAAAUCCGGCGGAUAGAAGAACUGAACAAGACGGCAUCAGGCAACGUGGAAGCAAAAGUCAUGUGCUUCUACCGGCGGCGGGACCUGCCGAACCCGCUCAUACAAUUAGCAGAUAAGCAUCAAAUGGCCCAGUCAGAAGACUCACCGGUUGCAAUGAAACUCAAGAAAAUAUGUCUAAAGACGCCAGUCGGGGAAGAACAAGCAGCACAGGCAGUUCUAGACCCCGCGAUAGCGUCAAUGGAGGAGGAAUCUAGCGAGCUGCCAGGCACAGACGGCCUGGCGCCCAAGCAGCGACACCAGGCCAAGCAUCGAGAGCUGUUCCUCUCGCGGCACGUGGAGACGCUGCCCGCCACCCACAUCCGCGGCAAGUGCACUGUCACGCUACUCAACGAGACAGAGUCGCUGCUCAGCUAUCUGAAUAAGGAUGACGCAUUUUUUUAUUGUUUAGUAUUUGAUCCUUCACAAAAGACUUUAUUAGCAGAUAAGGGAGAAAUCCGAGUUGGAAGUAGAUAUCAGACUGAUGUAACUAAUUUAUUAAAAGAAGGCGAGGAGGACGGGCGCGUCAGCUCCGAGCUGGAGACGCUGGUGUGGACGCCGGAGCACGGGCUGACGGACCGGCAGAUCGACCAGUUCCUCGUGGUGUCGCGCUCCGUGGGCACGUUCGCGCGCGCGCUCGACUGCUCCUCCAGCGUCAAGCAGCCCAGCCUGCACAUGUCUGCCGCCGCCGCCUCCCGUGACAUCACACUGUUCCACGCAAUGGACACCCUCCACAAAUCUGGCUACAGCAUAGAGUCGGCACUGUCGUCGCUGGUGCCCGCGUCGGGCCCCGUGCUGUGUCGCGACGAGAUGGAGGAGUGGUCCGCCGCCGAGGCCAACCUCUUCGAGGAGGCGCUCGACAAGUACGGCAAGGACUUUGCCGACAUCCGGCACGACUUUUUGCCUUGGAAAACGCUGAAGAACCUCGUCGAGUACUACUACAUGUGGAAGACGACGGACCGCUACGUGCAGCAGAAGCGCGUCAAGGCCGUGGAGGCCGAGUCCAAGCUCAAGCAAGUCUACAUUCCCAACUACAACAAGCCGAACCCGGCGCUGGUGAGCAACGCUGGCGGCAAGCCGGGCGCCGUGCUCAACGGCGGCACCAACGGCACCGCCGCGCUGCAGGCGCCCGCCAUGCUCUGCGCCUCCUGCCAAGUGACAAAUUCAAACCAGUGGUACACGUGGGGACCGCAGCAUUUACAGUACAGACUGUGCGGCACGUGCUGGCAGUACUGGAAGAAAUAUGGAGGACUUAAGACGGCGGGCGUGUUCGGCGAGGCGGAGGCGGAGGCGGGCAAGGGCGCGCGCGCGGAGGGCGAGGACGCCGCGCUGUCCGUGUCGCACCGCCCGCACCGCUGCACCGUGCUCAACUGCGCCAAGGAGUUCAAGCUGCGCGCGCACCUGGCGCGGCACGUGGCGACGGCGCACGGGCUGGGCGAGGGCGCGCGGCCCGUCAUGAAGACGCGCGCAGCCUUCUACCUGCGCGCCUCGCCCUUCACACGCCUCGCGCGCAGGCUCGCGCGCGCGCUGCGCCGUCCGCGCCACCACGCGCGCUCGCCCUUCGCGCCCAUCAACCUGCAGCAGGUCAAACACGAAUGUGACUGCGCGCGGGCGGCGCGGCGGGCGGGGGCGGGUGCGCGCGCGCGCGGGCCGGUGGGCGCGGUGGCGGCGCGGCUGGGCGCCCCCGCCACCGCCGCGCGCCACGACUGGCUGCGCCUCACGCCGCGCGACUGUCUGCCCGCGCCGCCGCACGUCGCCUUCCCCAAGCCGCCCAAGGCGCCCGACGGCAGCCUGAUGUACGAGCGCGUGCUGUCGCGCGCGGAGAAGGAGGCGCGCCGCGCCUCGCCCGCGCCCGCCGCGCCCGCGCCCGCGCCGCCGCCGCAGCCGCAGCCGCUCAAGCGCCGCGCCUACGACGACAUCAACGGCCUCGACACUGCAGGAGCCGGGCUGGAGCGGCCUGGCGCGGCCGCGCCGCCGCCGGCCAAGCGGCCCAACAAGCACCCCGCGCCCAUGCAGCGGCCCUCGCGCGAGCAGUACGCCGCCAUGUGCGCGCGCGCGCAGGCCACCGGCCAGCCUCUGCCCGCACACGUCUUUACUCACGUGAACGGCAAGCCGACCAAUCUGACAGGACGCGGCGGACGACGUCACGUUAUCUCAUGGAUGGACGCACCGGACGAUCUUUACUUCAGGGCCACCGAGGCGGCUAAGUCUGCGCGCCGGAGCCUGAGCGGCGGGGAGCUGCGGCGCGGCGCGCGCGCGCCGUGGCGAGCCAUGCGCGGGGCGGCGGGCGGGCGCGGGCGCGGGCGCGGGCGCCGGGCCCGCGGUGGGCGCCGGCAAGGCGGCGGGCGCGGCGCCGCCGUGCCAGCUGGUGAUCCUGGACUGACAGGAGCCUGCGCGCGUGCCGCCGCCGCCGCCGCCGCACCCCUACACCAUGGAGGCGCUGCUCGGCUGAGCGAACUGUAUAUUCCUGUUGUAAAUACGAGUGCGCGUGUGCGUGUGCGUGCGCGUGCGCCACGCCAGCCCGACCCCCGCGCCCGCCGCCCGCCCGUCGCGCGCCCGGCGGUUACUUUAAACGAAGAUUGUAUUUUUGGUAAACGAAUCGCCGAGGAUGGAUUCUGUAGAUAAUAUUUUAAACUAUAUUGUUCUUAUGUGGUUUGAUCUGGAGUCGAGCAAAAUAAUGUAUUUGAUACAUAAAAUGAUAUGUAAGUCUAUUUCAUUCGGAGAUUCAUUGUAGGAUAAUUUACAAUUUUUUUCAUAAAUAAAGCACAAAUCGAGAUA